UUCUGUUCAGUUACAAUGGAAACGCAGACGCUGCAGAUCAAAUUGGUGCCGGCACAGACGGCGGAGGAGCGUGCUCGGAAUAUUAUAGCCAAUGUGAUUGUGGAGGGAAAUCAUGCCUCGCUGGUGCCCUAUAUCGAUGAUCAUGAUCCCAUCGAGAAGGUAACACUGCUCAGCCAGACGGAUGCAGCUGCUCCUCCAGCUGCGCCACGUUUAAGAUACUAUACACCUGGUCCCUCCACCUACAAGCUGCUCUGUCCGCUGUGCCGCGAGAGAAGCGAGGCGGCUGUGAUGCGUGCCGCAGGUUGCAAGGAUGCCAGCUGCUGUCUCAGUCUGCUCUCCUGCAUUUUUCCCAUUUUCUGGAUCUGUUGCAUCUGCACCUGGUGUGGCUGCAACCGUGAGUGGACCUCCAAGGGAGUUUACUGUAGUCACUGUGGUGGCAAAGUUGGCAUCCAAAGCAAGUCCGACUAGGUCAAACUAUAAGUGCCAAAAUUUGACUUGUUUUAAAUUAUUUCUUUAAUUUUUUUAUGCAUCUAACUCAAUAAAACGAACGUCAAAAAAAUAA